AUGGACAUCCGACUACAUCGUAGUUGGAUGUAUAAUAGGUUAAAUCCUGGUCGGAAGGGGUACACUGACGAGUUUCGAAAUGGGUUAGAUGAAUUUGUAUCAUUUGCACUUCGGCAAGAGGGCAUAAUUAAUAGUGAAAUUAGAUGUCCUUGUUCUAAUUGCAAAAACGUCCCUUUGAAACACUUCGAAGAAGUUAAAGUUCAUAUUUUUCAAAAAGAGUUCAAACCUGAUUAUUGGUAUUGGACAUGUCAUGGAGAAAGUGAUCCGGAGUUACUUGUAGAAAUUAAUAAACAAAAGUUUGCACAAGAGGGUCAUAGCAACAACCACGGUAGAUUUGAGAAUAUGGUUUAUGACGCUGUUGGACCAGAACACCAAAUGCAAUGUGAGGAAGAAAUGGAAGAGUCUCCAAAUAUUAAUGAUCAAAAGUUUUAUGAUUUACUACAUGCAGCACAUAAACCAUUGUGGCAUGGAUGCAACGAUCAUACUGAAUUAUCUACUGCUGUUAGAUUAUUGAUGAUUAAGUCAGAGGGGAACAUGUCUCAACGGUCUUUUAAUCAAAUGGUGGCACUUAUGAAGGAGACACAUCCUCCAAACAAUCUUGUUCCUAAUGAUUAUUAUAGGACUAAGAAAAUUGUUUCAAAACUUGGUCUCACUGCAGAAAAAAUAGAUUGUUGUGUUAAUGGUUGUAUGCUAUACUACACCGAUGAAUGUAAACAACUAAGAGAAUGCAAGUUUUGUAAUGCACCUCGUUAUAAGAAAAAAAAGACUGGCAAGAAGAGUUGCAAAGAGGUGCCCAUAAAGAGAAUGCACUAUUUACCCUUAAUUCCCAGACUUAAGAGAUUAUACGCUUCAAUGAGCUCUGCUCCUCAUAUGAGGUGGCAUUAUGAAAAUAAACGAGAACCAAGAGUGAUGUGUCAUCCAUCGGAUGGAGAGGCUUGGAAACAUUUUGAUCAAACUUAUCCUUCCUUUGCUGCUAAAGAGGGGAAUGUAAGAUUUGGAUUAUGCACCGAUGGUUUUACACCAUUUAAUCAUACAACCUCUUCUUAUUCAUGUUGGCCUGUAAUUGUUACCCCCUACAAUCUUCCUCCAGAACUGUGCAUGACAACUCCCUACAUGUUUCUCACUUUGAUUAUUCCCGGUCCUCAUAAUCCAAAGAGCAAGAUAGAUGUUUAUUUGCAACCAUUGAUAGGUGAGCUCAAACUUUUGUGGGAUGAAGGAGUGCUUACAUAUGAUAUUUCAAGGAAAAGGAAUUUCAUAAUGAAAGUUGCAUUAAUGUGGACUAUUAAUGAUUUUCCGGCAUAUGGAAUGUUGUCUGGUUGGAGUACAACUGGAAAAUUAGCAUGUCCAUAUUGUAUGGAUAAAUCAAAAUCUUUUUUCUUGAAGCAUGGUGGCAAGUGUUCUUGGUUUGAUUCUCAUCGUCAAUUUUUGCCUACAGAUCAUGCAUUUUGA